AAUAUUUAUACCAUCUGUUGGGGUUGGAGCGUUAUUUCCUGCACUAGCACAGCACCUGAGAGACGUGGAUUCUAACCUAGAAGGCAAUUACGUCAUGAUAGGCGUGGCUUUUGCCACCGUUGGCACGUGCUAUACGUUGCUCGUGCCCAUAUUUGGACUGGUGUCCAGUAAAUUUAAUCGUAAUAAAUUACAGAUAAUCACAGGCCUUACUGUUGAAACCCUGGGUUUUGCUCUACUAGGACCCGCGGUUCCAUUUAACAAUUUAUAUCCUAAUGGCAAAGGGGCGUCGUGGAGCGUAUACCUAGGGGGCUGCACCGUCGGAAUUGGACUCGCUUGUAAUCAAGUGGCAGUAAUGGCUGAUCGCAUUUCAGAAGUCACAGCGGACGGCUUACCAGAUGAUAUUACCACGUACGGGAAUCUAUCAGGAUUAUUUGAAUCUUUUUUCGGGCUAGGGCUUUUCAUUGGGCCUUUAUUCGGAGGGCUCAUCUCCGACCACUUCCCUUUUAGUACCUUAUCCACCGUACCCUCGGUUCUCUGUCUGGUUGUAGCUGGCGUUAUGUUCGUAUACUGUGUGGUCGUGCGUGGCGUAUGUCGACAAAAGAAGCCAGAUCACAGUGCCGUUGAUACUGACAGACAGAUGUUGCUAAUUAGAGACACUCCAAAACCUGUGAUAACAGAACAAUAUGUUCAGUCGAAGGAGUAG